AUGGGGUGUGGGGACGCUGACAAGGUUGGUCAGGUUCCGCCUGAAGAACUCCUUCAAAUUAAUAAGGUCUUAGACCGAUGGCGGCAAGGUUACGAAACGGAAGAUGUUAACUCUUAUAUCGAAACUUUCUGGAAAGAGGGUUUCCUCUAUGUUUCUGAUUGGGGGACAGACGGAGAUAAAACGGACGAUCUGGAGUUUGAUGACAUCCGACAGGAACGGGAUGCUGCCACUCGAGUUUUUGAGAAGUUUCAGGAUAUUGAGAUAGAACUCUCUGUCCCACCAGAGAUUUCUAUGAAUGAGGAUGGCAAUCAGGCGGAAGUACGGAAUCACUAUAGGAUCCAACUCUUUAUAUCCGAUGGACAUUCGCUUGAGGGUGGAUAUAGUGGUGUGUACGCUGAAGGUGACAACCUCUUUAUCUUUGAAAAGAGAAACAGUGAGUGGCGUAUAACUGAAUGGCGUGACGAAUCCUUUAACGAGGAAGAAAUUCGCAUUGCCAAUAACCUAUAG